AUGGUCGGGCUUUGGCUUCUUCUUUUUAUACACGAGAGCCAUGGUCUCUCAAAACUCGAAAGAGACCUUUUCAACGAUGCCUGUGUCCCAAAAACAGAAGAAGACUUCCAAAUCCUAGAGAAAUUCAUCGUCCCUCACGAAGACCGACCCGAUUUCUUCAUCAACAACCCAGCCACGAACAACCAGCUCAAAACCAAAUUCAACGGCCGCUCCUAUGCCAAAUCCAACGGCUACUGCGACAUCGGGACAUUCGACAGCUGGCAAAGCUGUAGCGAAGUCGGCGAGUGUUACGAAGAUUGCUGGGACGGAAAGUGCCACGAGUUCAAGAAAAACGGCACGACUCCCUUUCCGAAAAACUUUUCCGAAGAUGGAAAAUGCCGGGAAAAAAUGCUGCUGUGCGCGAAACAAUGUGCAGACAAUCCAGACUGCGACGCGUUCUCGUUUUUGAUGCUGGAGAAGUCGAGCUACUAUCAAGUGUUCAGAUGCAACCUCAUGGCCGGAGGGCUCUGUAAACCAUCAACUAUUGAUCCAAUUCCACCACGCGCUGUCUAUCACGUCAAAAGAUCCUUCUACGAGACAUUGAAACCAGAACAGCUAGAAAAUGACGACUCCUUGCAGCAAUUUUGGACAUCGUGGAGCCAGUGCCAAACCAAGGCAAAGUGCGGAGAAGGAGUCGAAAACAGAUCGAGGCGGAAAGAAGAUGGCGGAAAGCAGUGGAAUGCAAGAAAGUGCCAUCAAAUGACAAGUACUGGAGAGCCGAUUCUCUGUCCGAAAGAAAUCGUACUUCCCACAAUCGCUCAUGGCCUGACUCAAUGGUCUGAAUGGGGAUCCUGUUCAAAAACCUGCUUUGACCCGUUCCGAAAAACUUUCACAGAAAAAGGCCAGCGAUUGAGAACCAGAUCUUGUGGAACCUGCCAAAAUCCCGAUUCGUCCAAUUUCUGCGAAAACCCAAGUAACUUGCUGUUUUCCGAAGAAAAAGAAGGGCAAGACCUGCCAUAUUGUGAAGGAGAAAAAGUCGAAAUAGAAGAAUGCAACGUCCACCAAUGCCUUCCGCACUCGAACCUCGGUUGGGCCGAAGAUGGCAAAACUAGGGACUAUUAUAAAGUCGAAGGUUGGGCAACUGCGCCAGAAAAUUCCGAAACCGACAACGCCCAGUUUCAAGGAAAAUGCCCAAAUUACGCGACUGAUGCUUACAAAAGUGUCCUAAUCAAUGGGGAUGUUCGAAGAAACCUGAACGCAAAGAUCAAUCGAAAGAGAAAAGCUGCUUUUGCAGAGUGCAUGAAAUUGUGCCGCAACGAGUCUGCCAAGUGCAAGGCUGUUACGUUCAAACUUGAAUUCGACAGCGAGAGCGGCAGCCCUAAUUGUUUCCUUCACGAGACCAGGUGCCACGAGAGCAGCGAUUUCACAACAGACGAUGCGCAAGUUUGGUACGCUUACAAAAACCACUGCUUUGCGAAAAACUUCUGCGCUCACGCAGGUGACAAUUGGCGAUCCAAAUGCGACGCGUCCGGAGAAUUCGCCUAUCCAAACUUGCCCAAGUGCUCUUGUCAGGGAUCGAAAGACAAGCACACGUCUGGGCGAUUCUUCGGAAACGCUCUUGGAUGGCGAGAAUUCAACGAAACAACUAACAUGUACCAGCCGCGAAUUCCCGCACCGAAAUUUUACAAUGAAAAACAGUACUCUCGAAUUUUCAACACUGAAUCCACGACUGAGCAAUAUUUGCAAGCCUACGAAGAUAAUCUGCUGAUGUGUCACAACCCUUGCGCCCAUCAUCGUUGUGGAGAAAACAGCAUCUGCGAACUAGACGCAACCGAGACGACUGGAUAUCGUUGCAACUGCAAACACCCUUACAUAAUCAAUCCAGAGUUUGACUACAACCACAAUGCUUGCGUCCAAAACAUGGACAAUCGAAACGUGCGCGCCGACUUUUCAGACAGCAAAAUUCUCUUUGGCGGCGGCUGGCAUCGUCAACCACCACCUGGAUUUCAAAUCAACGACGAACCAAUGCCCAGCGAUAGAUACUACGGCCUUGAGUCGACGGACGAGCCCGGAACGGUCCAAAUCAUGCAUUUGAAGAAUCACGCUCCCAGUCCAACAAGAGAACAAAGAAUUGGAAAAUUUUACGGCUGCAUGAUGCACCUCGACGAAAAAUCAGUCAUGUUGGCUGGAGGAAAAUGGGGAGACAGUUUCAACCAGUACGACGAUCAAACAUCCGUCUUCCGAUUUAACAACCACGUCAGCGAUGGAAAAUGGAUCGACACCCAGGGUAACGAAAUGCAAAGCUCUCCUGAAUCCUGCCAAGGCGAGAGCGGCUGCGUCAGGGGAAAUGAUUGGCCAGAUCUUCCUUCAACCUCAGUUCUUCGUUGCGAAGGACAAUGUCGAAAUGGCGAAGCGGGAGUAGGCCCGACCAAUGUUUAUUGGAUAGCAGAGUAUUGCUACAUCAAAACCGAGUUCUUCAACAGCGAAUCAAGAAAUAUGGAAGAGAUGGAAUUUAAUCUCUGUGAAUACAAACUCGUUGCGGACGAAGAAAACGGAGAAUUCGUCCCAAAACUCGGCGGAAAAUACAGAUCCGAAAAGCAACCAGAAGCUGUCUGGCGAUCGAAUGUUGCUGAUUACCAACGUGCGUUCUUGAACACGACUGGUGAAAAAUUCCGAGGAAAACUCAACCGAAUCAAAUGGAGUGAAAACGAAGACGUAACGAACAACAGAACAACGGAACAUGUUUGGAAAGAUUACCCAAGCCCAGAACUCUUUUCUCCCGCUGUUGGCCCCCAAGAUCCAGUUAAAAAAUUCUACAGAGGUUCAAAUUUCAUCGACGUGCUGAUCAAAGAAGCAAGAAACAACAACGCCCAAGGACAGCCUGUUUGCGGAAUUCUCGGUGAUAGAGCUUAUCUUGGCUCUGGAACCGGCGGUUUUUUGUACUCGAUCCCUCGAAAUGCAUCUCAGCUGUCUAUGGAGCCAGUUUGGCGAAGAGAAAAUUCAUCACGAUUUCCUCAAGCGUACAGUAGAGUCGACGGAAGAAGAUGCACCGCUCGAAGAAUCCCGGAUAAGGAUACUUACGAUCUGUUCCCAAUUCAGCGACAGUCUCUCGGAAUUGCUUCUACAACGGAAGGUCUCUGGAUGCUCGGUGGUCUGGUUCAUCCAUCAGCUGACGUAGAAAACACCCUCGGCAACAUCAAGUACGCAGAUGUCGAAGGAUGCACCAAAGGCGCGAUGUACAGCGAUGUCUGGGUGUUCAACCCUCGAGGCUGGAAUCGACAGGCAGUUCUCGGCGACGCGGCGGAAAAAUACAAAGGACAAAGCGCAAGACAAAUUCUUCCCGAAAGAUACGGUUUCGGAGAUGGAAUCGACGAAAAACCCUUCCCUCAGAGCUUCGAGGACUUUACCUUGUGGGACGAAGAAUCUUCAGAGAAUGGACUGACAAUCCAACGAGCAGAAGAAGAGGGUUGGGAAUGUUCAGCUGUUCAGGGCGGCUGGUGUAGAAAGCCGUUUUUACCACAUCAUACAAAAGCGCCUGAAGUUGUGACUCUCUGUUUCGAAUACGACGAAGGAGAGGAAAUCUAUCAGCCAGAGCACGUCGAUGUUUUCGGUAACACCUGGGCGCAAAAUGCCCCGAAUAUGAGCGGCUUCCGAAGAGAAGUCUUCUACCUAGAAAUCCGGCGCGCAGAUGGCACUUAUGGAUCCGAUCGUCCAAAAUACUCCUCUUCUGUUUCUGAAAACUGCCCGAAUGCGGAGAAGCUCCAUGCUGAAGAUGCAGAUCUUGUCGUCGAUGAAACAUCUGCCGUCGCCGACUUCAGUGAAUGCACCGACUCUUGCUCCAGCGAAACCUGCAAUAGAAAAUGGGACAAGACCCUACUCCGGCGAAAGUGGCACGAAGCAGGGCGAAUUCGUUUCCCAAGAUUGGGAUUUUUGUCCGGAACGCUCAAGGGCGAGAUCUUCCUCUGGGGCGGCGAGUGCGCUGGAUUCUCCAAAGACGACGGAAAAUCGGCAAAUAUGGAGCUCAACGGCACCUGCCGAAGUUGCUACAAGACGCAUUUGUGCAAGGCGAAAAUCGACGAGAACGGAGUCGCGGACAAUCAAGACUACAUGGAGCGCUUCGUCAUUUUCCGAAUGAACAAAGCCGGCUUCUUAUUCGGAGCGCCACGGCAUGUCGAAAUGAAGGGUUGGUAUCCGGGAACUGUGACAAAUGACGAGUCUCAAGUUUCGCAGCAAUUCUCGGCCAUCAACAACAAUAACGCGUUUUACAGUUAG